UCCCUUCCUCUCGACCGACGAGCGCGAUAAUCAACUGGCUUCCCUGGUCUUCCAUUUUGCGGGGGACAACAGAUGCCGGAAAAGUGGUGACUUUAUUUAAACGAAGAAAAGCAUGGAAAUGGCAACUGUACUUUGUAACAGAGCUAGACUGGUGACAUACCUGCCAGGAUUUUAUUCUUUGGUUAGAAGGGUUAUAACUCCCAAGGCUUUUUCCACAGCAGGAUCCUCUGGCUCAGAUGAGCCUUCUGUUGCUGCUGCACCUCCUGACAUAUGUCCCAAAACUGUGUGGCCAGAUGAAGUGAUGGGACCUUUUGGUCCCCAGGACCAAAGAUUUCAGCUACCUGGUAACAUAGGUUUUGACUGUCACCUAAAUGGUACAGCACCACAGAAGACAGGACAAGUUCAUAAAAAAAUGCCUGAUCUAUUGAUGGAACCCUUGGCAAGUGAAAGGCAUGAAUUUGUGAUGGCCCAGUAUGUCAACGAGUUCCAGGGCAAUAAUGCUGUUCACAAGGAAGACAUUGCCGAUGCCAAAAGUUACUUUGAAACUGCCAAAGUAGAAUGUGCGAUACAAGCAUGCCCAGAACUGUUGCGCAAAGAUUUUGAGUCAAUGUUUCCAGACAUUGUUUCCAAAAACAUAACAGUACUAACGGUAACGCAGAAAACUGUAAAUGAUAUGACUGGGUGGAGCGAAGAGGUAGAAAAUGAGCGAGAAGUCCUCAUCGAAAACUUUAUCAACGGUGCUAAGGAAAUUUGCUAUGCUUUGUCUUCCGAAGGCUAUUGGGCAGACUUCAUUGAUCCGACUUCAGGAUUAGCAUUCUUUGGCCCUUACACAAACAACACUCUUUUUGAAACUGACGAACGGUAUCACCAGUUAGGAUUUCUUGUGGAAGACCUAGGCUGCUGUAAAGUUAUUCGGCAUAAUCUAUGGGGAACUCACGUACUAGUUGGAAGCAUAUUUACCACUGCUAACCCUGACAGCCCUAUCAUGAAGAAGCUGCGUGGGAAUUAAUAGCACCUUUUCACUUAAAAGUUGGUGAAUAAACACGAUUGGCGAUAGAUAGAUAGAUAAAGUAUGCUGAUUUAUAGAUAGGAAAAGUUCUAUUAUUUAUUCUAGGUUUUGUAGCAUAUGAUUUAUAUACCAAUACAACAUUUUAUUUUUGAGAUCAUAUGUGUGUGCGUGUAUGUGUACAUGCACAGGCACACACACACACACACGUCUCUGAAAUCCUGAGAUCAUUCAUGUAAAUGAAACACCCUCAGCAAUUUUACUUGAGAAUACAAAUCUUCAAGACUUUCACGUUACUUUGGUUACACAUCUUUGGUUACAACAUUGAAGAAGGAAAAUGUGGUUGCACAAUUGUCUCAGUAAAAGAAAUAACUAUCUCAACUAUCUUCAUGUUUACCAGAACCAGUGUUAUAUUUGUUUGAAUAUUACCACAAUAACUCAACUUGAUUAUUGAAAGAUUGAUCCACUUGGACUCUCUUGCAACUGAUGAUAAAAGAUAAAGCAACAUAACACUGUUGUGUGUUAGAAUGCAACGUCUGAGGUGCAAUUCACCUCUUGAAUCUAGCUUGCCACGUUGUGGUUCAUUCUUGAAUACUUGUAUGGAUUGAAUUCUGUUAGCAAAUAAUUAUCAUCUCAUUAGGCAUUACAAGAGAUCACAGAUUGCUGUUUUGUUUCUCUAAGUACACGGUACAUUACAGUUGCCCAACGCAUCAGUUUAUAUUGAAUAUCUCUAGUAUAGGAUGUCUCAGGUUAACAUUCCUCAGCUGGGAUUCAGGUUGUAGUAUCAGUUAAAUGCAAUAGCUAUUUAGUGAGCUUCUACAAUAAUUCAUGGUUACAUUGAUGAUUUGAGAUCCAGGUCAAUGUGCAACUUGACUGCAGAGUGAUGUAUAAUAUUGUUUGUAUAUGUGUAAAUAUAUCAUUUGAAAAAAA